UGUUGUCAGUAACACUAGGGUCUGUUGUCAGUAACACUAGGACUGGGUCUGUUGUCAGUAACACUAGGGCUGGGUCUGUUGUCAGUAACACUAGGGCUGGGUCUGUUGUCAGUAACACUAGGGCUGGGUCUGUUGUCAGUAACACUAGGGCUGGGUCUGUUGUCAGUAACACUAGGGUCUGUUGUCAGUAACACUAGGGCUGGGUCUGUUGUCAGUAACACUAGGGCUGGGUCUGUUGUCAGUAACACUAGGGUCUGUUGUCAGUAACACUAUUGCUGGCUCUGUUGUCAGUAACACUAGUGCUGGGUCUGUUGUCAGUAACACUAGGGCUGGGUCUGUUAUCAGUAACAUUAGGGCUGGAUCUGUUGUCAGUAACACUAGGGCUGGGUCUGUUGUCAGUAACACUAGGGCUGGGUCUGUUGUCAGUAACACUAGGGCUGGGUCUGUUGUCAGUAACACUAGGGCUGGGUCUGUUAUCAGUAACCCUAAGGUCUGUUGUCAGUAACACUAGGGCUGGGUCUGUUAUCAGUAACACUAGGGCUGGGUCUGUUGUCAGUAACACUAGGGCUGGGUCUGUUGUCAGUAACACUAGGGCUGGGUCUGUUGUCAGUAACACUAGGGUCUGUUGUCAGUAACACUAGGGCUGGGUCUGUUGUCAGUAACACUAGGACUGGGUCUGUUGUCAGUAACACUAGGGCUGGGUCUGUUAUCAGUAACACUAGGGCUGGGUCUGUUGUCAGUAACACUAGGGCUGGGUCUGUUAUCAGUAACAUUAGGGCUGGGUCUGUUGUCAGUAACACUAGGGCUGGGUCUGUUGUCAGUAACACUAGGGUCUGUUGUCAGUAACACUAUGGUCUGUUGUCAGCAACACUAGGGCUGGGUCUGUUGUCAGUAACACUAGGGUCUGUUGUCAGUAACACUAGGGUCUGUUGUCAGUAACACUAGGGCUGGGUCUGUUGUCAGUAACACUAGGGCUGGGUCUGUUAUCAGUAACACUAGGGCUGGGUCUGUUGUCAGUAACACUAGGGCUGGGUCUGUUAUCAGUAACACUAGGGCUGGGUCUGUUGUCAGUAACACUAGGGCUGGGUCUUUUGUCAGUAACACUAGGGUCUGUUGUCAGUAACACUAGGACUGGGUCUGUUGUCAGUAACACUAGGGGUGGGUCUGUUGUCAGUAACACUAGGGCUCGGUCUGUUGUCAGUAACACUAGGGCUGGGUCUGUUAUCAGUAACACUAGGGCUGGGUCUGUUGUCAGUAACACUGGGGCUGGGUCUGUUGUCAGUAACACUAUGGCUGGGUCUGUUGACAGUAACACUAGAGCUGGGUCUGUUGUCAGUAACACUAGGGCUGGGUCUGUUGUCAGUAACACUAGGGCUGGGUCUGUUGACAGUAACACUAGAGCUGGGUCUAUUGUCAGUAACACUAGGGUCUGUUGUCAGUAACACUAGGGCUGGGUCUGUUGUCAGUAACACUAGGGCUGGGUCUGUUGACAGUAACACUAGAGCUGGGUCUAUUGUCAGUAACACUAGGGUCUGUUGUCAGUAACACUAGGGCUGGGUCUGUUGUCAGUAACACUAGGGUCUGUUGUCAGUAACACUAGGGCUGGGUCUGUUGUCAGUAACACUAGGGCUGGGUCUGUUGACAGUAACACUAGAGCUGGGUCUAUUGUCAGUAACACUAGGGUCUGUUGUCAGUAACACUAGGGCUGGGUCUGUUGUCAGUAACACUAGGGCUGGGUCUGUUGUCAGUAACACUAGGGUCUGUUGUCAGUAACACUAGGGUCUGUUGUCAGUCACACUAGGGCUGGGUCUGUUGUCAGUAACACUAGGGCUUGGUCUGUUGUCAGUAACACUAGGGCUGGGUCUGUUGUCAGUAACACUAGGACUGGGUCUGUUGUCAGUAACACUAGGGCUGGGUCUGUUAUCAGUAACACUAGGGCUGGGUCUGUUGUCAGUAACACUAGGGUCUGUUGUCAGUAACACUAAGGUCUGUUAUCAGUAACACUAGGGCUGGGUCUGUUGUCAGUAACACUAGGGUCUGUUGUCAGUAACACUAAGGUCUGUUAUCAGUAACACUAAGGUCUGUUAUCAGUAACACUAGGGCUGGGUCUGUUGUCAGUAACACUAGGGCUUGGUCUGUUGUCAGUAAAACUAGGGCUGGGUCUGUUGUCAGUAACACUAGGGCUGGGUCUGUUGUCAGAAACACUAGGGCUGGGUCUGUUGUCAGUAACACUAGGGUCUGUUGUCUGUAACACUAGGGCUGGGUCUGUUGUCAGUAACAAUAGGGUCUGUUGUCAGUAACACUAGGGUCUGUUGUCAGUAACACUAGGGCUGGGUCUGUUGUCAGUAACACUAGGGAUGGGUCUGUUGUCAGUAACACUAGGGUCUGUUGUCAGUAACACUAGGGUCUAUUGUCAGUAACACUAGGGCUGGGUCUGUUGUCAGUAACACUAGGACUGGGUCUGUUGUCAGUAACACUAAGGUCUGUUGUCAGUAACACUAGGGCUGGGUCUGUUGUCAGUAACACUAGGGCUGGGUCUGUUGUCAGUAACACUAGGGUCUGUUGUCAGUAACACUAGGGCUGGGUCUGUUGUCUGUAACACUAGGGUUGGGUCUGUUGUCAGUAACACUAGGGUCUGUUGUCAGUAACACUAGGGCUGGGUCUGUUGUCAGUAACACUAGGACUGGGUCUGUUGUCAGUAACACUAGGGCUGGGUCUGUUGUCAGUAACACUAGGGCUGGGUCUGUUGUCAGUAACACUAGGGCUGGGUCUGUUGUCAGUAACACUAGGGCUGGGUCUGUUGUCAGUAACACUAGGGUCUGUUGUCAGUAACACUAGGGCUGGGUCUGUUGUCAGUAACACUAGGGCUGGGUCUGUUGUCAGUAACACUAGGGUCUGUUGUCAGUAACACUAUUGCUGGCUCUGUUGUCAGUAACACUAGUGCUGGGUCUGUUGUCAGUAACACUAGGGCUGGGUCUGUUAUCAGUAACAUUAGGGCUGGAUCUGUUGUCAGUAACACUAGGGCUGGGUCUGUUGUCAGUAACACUAGGGCUGGGUCUGUUGUCAGUAACACUAGGGCUGGGUCUGUUGUCAGUAACACUAGGGCUGGGUCUGUUAUCAGUAACCCUAAGGUCUGUUGUCAGUAACACUAGGGCUGGGUCUGUUAUCAGUAACACUAGGGCUGGGUCUGUUGUCAGUAAGACUAGGGCUGGGUCUGUUGUCAGUAACACUAGGGCUGGGUCUGUUGUCAGUAACACUAGGGUCUGUUGUCAGUAACACUAGGGCUGGGUCUGUUGUCAGUAACACUAGGACUGGGUCUGUUGUCAGUAACACUAGGGCUGGGUCUGUUAUCAGUAACACUAGGGCUGGGUCUGUUGUCAGUAACACUAGGGCUGGGUCUGUUAUCAGUAACAUUAGGGCUGGGUCUGUUGUCAGUAACACUAGGGCUGGGUCUGUUGUCAGUAACACUAGGGUAUGUUGUCAGUAACACUAUGGUCUGUUGUCAGCAACACUAGGGCUGGGUCUGUUGUCAGUAACACUAGGGUCUGUUGUCAGUAACACUAGGGUCUGUUGUCAGUAACACUAGGGCUGGGUCUGUUGUCAGUAACACUAGGGCUGGGUCUGUUAUCAGUAACACUAGGGCUGGGUCUGUUGUCAGUAACACUAGGGCUGGGUCUGUUAUCAGUAACACUAGGGCUGGGUCUGUUGUCAGUAACACUAGGGCUGGGUCUUUUGUCAGUAACACUAGGGUCUGUUGUCAGUAACACUAGGACUGGGUCUGUUGUCAGUAACACUAGGGGUGGGUCUGUUGUCAGUAACACUAGGGCUCGGUCUGUUGUCAGUAACACUAGGGCUGGGUCUGUUAUCAGUAACACUAGGGCUGGGUCUGUUGUCAGUAACACUGGGGCUGGGUCUGUUGUCAGUAACACUAUGGCUGGGUCUGUUGACAGUAACACUAGAGCUGGGUCUGUUGUCAGUAACACUAGGGCUGGGUCUGUUGUCAGUAACACUAGGGCUGGGUCUGUUGACAGUAACACUAGAGCUGGGUCUAUUGUCAGUAACACUAGGGUCUGUUGUCAGUAACACUAGGGCUGGGUCUGUUGUCAGUAACACUAGGGCUGGGUCUGUUGACAGUAACACUAGAGCUGGGUCUAUUGUCAGUAACACUAGGGUCUGUUGUCAGUAACACUAGGGCUGGGUCUGUUGUCAGUAACACUAGGGUCUGUUGUCAGUAACACUAGGGCUGGGUCUGUUGUCAGUAACACUAGGGCUGGGUCUGUUGACAGUAACACUAGAGCUGGGUCUAUUGUCAGUAACACUAGGGUCUGUUGUCAGUAACACUAGGGCUGGGUCUGUUGUCAGUAACACUAGGGCUGGGUCUGUUGUCAGUAACACUAGGGUCUGUUGUCAGUAACACUAGGGUCUGUUGUCAGUCACACUAGGGCUGGGUCUGUUGUCAGUAACACUAGGGCUUGGUCUGUUGUCAGUAACACUAGGGCUGGGUCUGUUGUCAGUAACACUAGGACUGGGUCUGUUGUCAGUAACACUAGGGCUGGGUCUGUUAUCAGUAACACUAGGGCUGGGUCUGUUGUCAGUAACACUAGGGUCUGUUGUCAGUAACACUAAGGUCUGUUAUCAGUAACACUAGGGCUGGGUCUGUUGUCAGUAACACUAGGGUCUGUUGUCAGUAACACUAAGGUCUGUUAUCAGUAACACUAAGGUCUGUUAUCAGUAACACUAGGGCUGGGUCUGUUGUCAGUAACACUAGGGCUUGGUCUGUUGUCAGUAAAACUAGGGCUGGGUCUGUUGUCAGUAACACUAGGGCUGGGUCUGUUGUCAGAAACACUAAGGCUGGGUCUGUUGUCAGUAACACUAGGGUCUGUUGUCUGUAACACUAGGGCUGGGUCUGUUGUCAGUAACAAUAGGGUCUGUUGUCAGUAACACUAGGGUCUGUUGUCAGUAACACUAGGGCUGGGUCUGUUGUCAGUAACACUAGGGAUGGGUCUGUUGUCAGUAACACUAGGGUCUGUUGUCAGUAACACUAGGGUCUAUUGUCAGUAACACUAGGGCUGGGUCUGUUGUCAGUAACACUAGGACUGGGUCUGUUGUCAGUAACACUAAGGUCUGUUGUCAGUAACACUAGGGCUGGGUCUGUUGUCAGUAACACUAGGGCUGGGUCUGUUGUCAGUAACACUAGGGUCUGUUGUCAGUAACACUAGGGCUGGGUCUGUUGUCUGUAACACUAGGGUUGGGUCUGUUGUCAGUAACACUAGGGUCUGUUGUCAGUAACACUAGGGCUGGGUCUGUUGUCAGUAACACUAGAGCGGGGUCUGUUAUCAGUAACACUAGGGUCUGUUGUCAGUAACACUAGGGUCUGUUGUCAGUAACACUAGGGUCUGUUGUCAGUAACACUAGGGCUGGGUCUGUUGUCAGUAACACUAGGACUGGGUCUGUUGUCAGUAACACUAAGGUCUGUUGUCAGUAACACUAGGGCUGGGUCUGUUGUCAGUAACACUGGGGUCUGUUGUCAGUAACACUAGUGCUGGGUCUGUUGUCAGUAACACUAGGGCUGGGUCUGUUGUCAGUAACACUAGGGCUGGGUCUGUUGUCAGUAACACCAGGGCUGGGUCUGUUGUCAGUAACACUAGGGCUGGGUCUGUUGUCAGUAACACUAGGGUUGGGUCUGUUGUCAGUAACACUAGGGCUGGGUCUGUUGUCAGUAACACCAAGGCUGGGUCUGUUGUCAGUAACACUAGGGCUGGGUCUGUUGUCAGUAACACUAGGGCUGGGUCUGUUGUCAGUAACACCAGGGCUGGGUCUGUUGACAGAAACACUAGGGCUGGGUCUGUUGUCAGUAACACUAGGGCUGGGUCUGUUGUCAGUAACACUAGGGCUGGGUCUGUUGUCAGUAACACUAGGGCUGGGUCUGUUGUCAGUAACACCAGGGCUGGGUCUGUUGUCAGUAACAUUAGGGCUGGGUCUGUUGUCAGUAACACUAGUGCUGGGUCUGUUGUCUGUAACACUAGGGUUGGGUCUGUUGUCAGUAACACUAGGGUCUGUUGUCAGUAACAUUAGGGCUGGGUCUGUAGUCAGUAACACUAGGGUCUGUUGUCAGUAACACUAGGGUCUGUUGUCAGUAACACUAGGGCUGGGUCUGUUGUCAGUAACACUAGGGCUGGGUCUGUUGUCUGUAACGCUAGGGCUGGUUCUGUUGUCUUUAACGCUAGGGUCUGUUGUCAGUAACACUAGGGUCUGUUGUCAGUAACACUAGGGCUGGGUCUGUUGUCUGUAACACUGGUGCUGGGUCUGUUGUCUGUAACGCUAGGGUCUGUUGUCAGUAACGCUAGGGCUGAGUCUGUCGUCAGUAACACUAGGGCUGGGUCUGUUGUCAGUAACACUAGGGCUGGGUCUGUUGUCAGUAACACUAGGGCUGGGUCUGUUGUCAGUAACACUAGGGCUGGGUCUGUUGUCAGUAACACUAGGGCUGGGUCUGUUGUCAGUAACACUAGGGUCUGUUGUCAGUAACACUAGGACUCUGUCUGUUGUCAGUAACACUAGGGUCUGUUGUCAGUAACACUAGGGCUGGGUCUGUUGUCAGUAACACUAGGGUCUGUUGUCAGUAACACUAGUGCUGGGUCUGUUGUCAGUUACAAUAGGGUCUGUAGUCAGUAACACUAGGGCUGGGUCUGUUGUCAGUAACACUAGGGCUGGGUCUGUUGUCAGUAACACUAGGGCUGGGUCUGUUGUCAGUAACUCUAGGGCUGGGUCUGUUGUCAGUAACACUAGAGCUGGGUCUGUUGUCUGUAACACUAGGGCUGGGUCUCUGGUCAGUAACACUAGGGUCUGUUGUCAGUAACACUAGGGCUGGGUCUGUAGUCAGUAUCACUAGGGCUGGGUCUGUUGUCAGUAACACUAGGGCUGGGUCUGUUGUCAGUACACUAGGACUGGGUCUGUUGUCAGUAACACUAGGGUCUGUUGUCAGUAACACUAGGGCUGGGUCUGUUAUCAGUAACACUAGGACUGGGUCUGUUGUCAGUAACACUAGGGCUGGAUCUGUUGUCAGUAACACUAGGGCUGGGUCUGUUGUCAGUAACACUAGGGCUGGGUCUGUUGUCAGUAACACUAGGGCUGGGUCUGUUGUCUGUAACACUAGGGCUGGGUCUGUUAUCAGUAACACUAGGGUCUGUUGUCAGUAACACUAGGGCUGGGUCUGUUGUCAGUAACACUAGGGUCUGUUGUCAGUAACACUAGGGCUGGGUCUGUUGUCAGUAACACUAGGGCUGGGUCUGUUGUCAGUAACGCUAGGGUCUGUUGUCAGUAACACUAGGGCUCUGUCUGUUGUCAGUAACACUAGGGCUGGGUUUGUUGUCAGUAACACUAGGGCUGGGUCUGUUGUCAGUAACACUAGGGCUGGGUCUGUUGUCAGUAACACUAGGGUUUGUUGUCAGUAACACUAGGGUCUGUUGUCAGUAAUACUAGGGAUGGGUCUGUUGUCAGUAACACUAGGGCUGGGUCUGUUUUCAGUAACACUAGGGCUGGGUCUGUUAUCAGUAACACUAGGGUCUGUUGUCAGUAACACUAGGGCUGGGUCUGUUGUCAGUAACACUAGGGUCUGUUGUCAGUAACACUAGGGUCUGUUGUCAGUAACACUAGGGCUGGAUCUGUUGUCAGUAACACUAGGGCUGGGUCUGUUGUCAGUAACACUAGGGCUGGGUCUGUUGUCAGUAACACUAGGGCUGGGUCUGUUGUCAGUAACACUAGGGCUGGGUCUGUUGUCAGUAACACUAGGGCUGGGUCUGUUGUCAGUAACACUAGGACUGGGUCUGUUGUCAGUGACACUAGGGUCUGUUGUCAGUAACACUAGGGCUGGGUCUGUUGUCAGUAACACUAGGACUGGGUCUGUUGUCAGUGACACUAGGGUCUGUUGUCUGUAACACUAGGGCUGGGUCUGUUGUCAGUAACACUAGGGAUGGGUCUGUUGUCUGUAACACUAGGGCUGGGUCUGUUGUCAGUAACACUAGGGUCUGUUGUCAGUAACACUAGGGUUGGGUCUGUUGUCAGUAACACUAGGGCUGGGUCUCUGCUGCAGUGGGAUUCUACCAAUCUCUACUACAGUGGGAUUCUACCAGUCUCUACUACAGUGGGAUUUUACCAGUCUCUACUACAGUGGGAUUCUACCAGUCUCUACUACAGUGGGAUUCUACCAGUCACUACUACAGUGGGAUUCUACCAGUCUCUGCUACAGUGGGAUUCUACCAGUCUCUACUACAGUGGGAUUCUACCAGUCUCUACUACAGUGGGAUUCUACCAGUCUCUACUACAGUGGGAUUCUACCCGUCUCUACUACAGUGGGAUUCUACCAGUCUCUACUACAGUGGGAUUCUACCAGUCUCUACUGCAGUGGGAUUCUACCAGUCUCUACUACAGUGGGAUUCUACCAGUCUCUACUACAGUGGGAUUCUACCAGUCACUGCUGCAGUGGGAUUCUACCAGUCUCUACUACAGUGGGAUUCUACCAGUCUCUGCUACAGUGGGAUUCUACCAGUCUCUACUACAGUGGGAUUCUACCAGUCACUACUACAGUGGGAUUCUACCAGUCUCUACUACAGUGGGAUUCUACCAGUCUCUACUACAGUGGGAUUCUACCAGUCACUGCUACAGUGGGAUUCUACCAGUCUCUACUACAGUGGGAUUCUACCAGUCUCUACUACAGUGGGAUUCUACCAGUCUCUACUACAGUGGGAUUCUACCCGUCUCUACUACAGUGGGAUUCUACCAGUCUCUACUACAGUGGGAUUCUACCAGUCUCUACUGCAGUGGGAUUCUACCAGUCUCUACUACAGUGGGAUUCUACCAGUCUCUACUACAGUGGGAUUCUACCAGUCACUGCUGCAGUGGGAUUCUACCAGUCUCUACUACAGUGGGAUUCUACCAGUCUCUGCUACAGUGGGAUUCUACCAGUCUCUACUACAGUGGGAUUCUACCAGUCACUACUACAGUGGGAUUCUACCAGUCUCUACUACAGUGGGAUUCUACCAGUCUCUACUACAGUGGGAUUCUACCAGUCACUGCUACAGUGGGAUUCUACCAGUCUCUACUACAGUGGGAUUCUACCAGUCUCUACUACAGUGGGAUUCUACCAGUCACUGCUACAGUGGGAUUCUACCAGUCUCUACUACAGUGGGAUUCUACCAGUCUCUACUACAGUGGGAUUCUACCAGUCUCUACUACAGUGGGAUUCUACCAGUCUCUACUACAGUGGGAUUCUACCAGUCACUGCUACAGUGGGAUUCUACCAGUCUCUACUACAGUGGGAUUCUACCAGUCUCUACUACAGUGGGAUUCUACCAGUCUCUACUACAGUGGGAUUCUACCAGUCUCUACUGCAGUGGGAUUCUACCAGUCUCAGCUACAGUGGGAUACUACCAGUCUCUACUACAGUGGGAUUCUACCAGUCUCUACUGCAGUGGGAUUCUACCAGUCUCUGCUACAGUGGGAUUCUACCAGUCUCUGCUACAGUGGGAUUCUACCAGUCUCUGCUGCAGUGGGAUUCUACCAGUCUCUACUACAGUGGGAUUCUACCAGUCUCUGCUACAGUGGGAUUCUACCAGUCUCUACUAAAGUGGGAUUCUACCAGUCUCUGCUACAGUGGGAUUCUACCGGUCUCUACUACAGUGGGAUUCUACCAGUCUCUACUACAGUGGGAUUCUACCAGUCUCUACUACAGUGGGAUUCUACCAGUCUCUACUACAGUGGGAUUCUACCAGUCUCUACUACAGUGGGAUUCUACCAGUCUCUACUACAGUGGGAUUCUACCAGUCUCUACUACAGUGGGAUUCUACCAGUCACUACUACAGUGGGAUUCUACCAGUCUCUACUACAGUGGGAUUCUACCAGUCUCUGCUGCAGUGGUAUUCUACCAGUCUCUACUACAGUGGGAUUCUACCAGUCACUACUACAGUGGGAUUCUACCAGUCUCUACUGCAGUGGGAUUCUACCAGUCUCUACUACAGUGGGAUUCUACCAGUUUCUACUACAGUGGGAUUCUACCAGUCUCUUGUUAUUUAACCUUUGUUUCAUUUUACAUGUAUUUUUUUAGACAUUUAGCAGAUGCAUCAUUUUAUUUUCCUUUUUCAUACGUUUCUUCGUAGCUCUCAGAACAUGAACGUGUUGAACCCUUUUCCAACUUGGUCGGAUUAUAUAAUACAUGUACAACCAU